AGUAACGGGUAUCUGAUAGUCGAGGUACUCGACUAUAGCGUUCUCCCUUGUUUAGAAUGAAAUGAGGCGAACAGAAAAACACGUCGCCAUUGAAGAUCACCCAAAACGAGUACGGACCAGGAAGCAUGAACAGCGAUAAUCUGCAGCAGAGGUGGGAAAACCCGAUCCGGCGCCAUCACCCGGAGCUCAGUUUCAGUAAUAGUUAUAGCCUAGACUCCACAGAGCUGCAGCUCACCCUACAGGAGCCCAACCAACUUUCCACGGACUACGACUACGGAAACUUUAGCCUGGGCAAUCCGUACGACUUAGACCCGGAAUCCCGCCUUUCCUUGUUGCCACUGCUCCUGAUGGCAGUCAGCUACGGCAUGGUGGUCUUCGGCGGCGUUUUGGGGAACUCUACUCUGGUGCUAACCCUCUGCUCCGCCUCCUCGGUGCGCCAGCGCAACCCCCUCCUACUGGCCGUCUGUAUUGCCGACCUGAUGGUCACUGGCAUAUCCGCCCCGAUAACAUUCAUAAAUAUCGCGAUGAGUCGCCGGACGCGUUCGCUGCCACUUGUUCUAUGCAAGUUCAUACAGUACAUACAGGUCAUGCCCGUAGCAGCCAGCACCAUAUCGAUCUUCAUGCUCUCCUUAGAUCGCUACGCCACUGUGAAACAUCCCAGAUUGGCCCAGCUGCGCCAGCGCCGCUACUUGCAUGUCUCCUUGGCUCUGUUCUCCUGGCUAGCCUCGGCGGCCAUCAGCACACCAUUCCUGUUUGCCUAUAAGAUCAUCGCCAAAUCUAUAGCUGUUAAGGGUGGCGUGGCGGCGAGCACAACGCCGAGCCCAGUGAGCGUUAUUUGCACCUCCGACCUGGGUGACAACGCCAUGUUCAUGUCCUUCAUCAUCUUUCACACAAUAACCGUGUUCGUGCUACCGGGCAUUGGUGUGCUACUCAGCCAUUGCGGCAUCCGUCGAAAGCUCUGCGCCCUGUCCCUAACGGCACGGGCUGCCCAUGGGGAGCUGCCCCUUCCUAUCCCCAUCCUGAGGCGCCAGACCCAUAUGGUGAUCGUUACUGGAUGCCCCAACGCACAACAGGCGGCCUGCGAAGGCACCAUGGCCGACGACACAUCGAACGGAAUCGGCACGGGCACCGGGGGUGGUUCAUUGGCUGUCAGUCCAGGAGACAUCCAGCUUCACACCUUACAUAUGCGACAGCCAGGAUCUGUCGGAUCCGCCCUCGAACCAGGGUCUUACCGCUCCAGCAAUCCCAUAUCACCAAGGGCCAUGAGGGAGAUUCGAGCUCACUCACAGCGACAGCGCAUUAACCGGGCGGGGAGGAGACCGGCAACACCCGGAAUACCAUUGCCCCAGACAUCUACACUUCGGUCCCGCCGGCACCUGGCCAACAUGCUGAUCGCAUCGGCAGUUAUCUUCAUAGCCUGCUGGUCCCCACACGUCUUUUGCGUCUUCUACAAAAACUUCGGUAGCAUGCAGCAGUGCAGCCAGAUCUCCGUUUACUUAAGCCUCCUGCUGGGCUACUUCUACUCGGCCAUCAGUCCGCUGAUCUACUGGGCCCUGAACCACCAUUCGCUUCGACAAUCUCCCUGCGCGCCCAUCCUCCGCCUGCGCUCCAUGCAAAACUUCCUGAGGUCGCGCUUCCGGACGUACACCGCCCCGCCACCUCCAUCGUCCACCAACGAGGCAGCCUUGGGUGCCAUCAACCCCAAGCUGAUCAAGCUGACACCAAAACAGUAUAGAGCUCAGGACUCUUCGCAUUAUUUCUACUAGUGUGAUACUAAACUAAUCUUUAUACCGUUAUAUACGCGCAUACAUAAUAUAUUUUUAUCUACGCCCUCCCAUACCGGCUGAUACAAAAGCUUAAGCCCAAUCCAAACCAACGGAACUAUGUAACUAGUUGGCAUUAACUACUGCGGUGUAUAUAAAAUACAUAUAUUGUAUAUAGUACCGUACAUAGCAGUUUUUGUUUACGCUUACACGAUGUUGUGCGCCUAAGCUAUACGAUGAAGACAACAAAGGCAAAAGGUUUAUUUUGUGAAACAAAAUUUUUUUUUUAAAUUGAUUACAUGGGAGAAGGAUUUUCAAACAAGAAAGGAAGAACUUUGGCACGCCGUUGCCGUGGGAGCAUCGUAUGUACACAGCUAUCCGAUUUUUAGAAAACUAAACUAAUUAUAAAAAUUGUAAGUUAAUGUUCUACUUCAAUUUACUACCGUGUAUGUUUACCAAAAACGAAAUUUAACGGUCUAUGUAUUCGUUCCUAUGGCAGCUAUAUGACGAAGUCGUCCGAUUUGAUUUAAAUUUUAUUCGAAUUCUGAAAUAUUAAUAGUAACUGUAAAACGAAUUGUUCAAAAUCGUUUUGCUUAUAUUUUUUACGAUUUUUAAUUUUGCUUAGUUUAAAAUUCUUAAAUAUUUUAAUAAUGAUAACCGAAGUUGAAAUUAAAAAAAAAGCCCCAUAUUUUUCGAUUAUUCCUAUGUGAGCCAUAGGAUAUAGUUGUCCGUUAUUUCUAAAAUCUCAUUCGAAAUUUUAAUAUAUUAAAAGAAUGAUAUUACGGCAUAGCGUCAUACGCCGUCAUCCGCCGACAUAAUUCCGCCCAGUACAUUUGGUCCGCAAACUUAUGUCGUUUUUUCUGGCGAAAUUAUGUCGCUGCUGAACGUCAUAAGAUCUCGCGAAAUUAUGUCGUUUAAAAAUUACUUGUGGCAAAUUUGUGUCGUUUUAAGCAUACACAUAACAUACAUAAUUUCGGCGUUCUCAAACGUCAAAGGAUCGCGCAAAAUUAUGUCGUUUUAAAACGGCGGAAUUAAAUCGGCGAAAUUAAGUCGUUACCCCUUUGAUCAUUCCUACGGGAGCUAUAAGAUAUAGUGUCCGAUCCGGCUCGUUCCGACUUGAAUACAACCGCAAUAGAAAUAAGAAGGAAGGUUUCAUCCCGGCAGCUUUAAAACUGGACUAGGUUGCGUAGAAAAGGAAACACGGACAGACGGACACGGCUAGAUUGGAUCGUCAGUGAUGCUGACCAAGACUAUAUAUACUUUAUGGGGUCGGAAACGUAUCCUUAACUACGUUGCAAACUUCUGACUGAAAUCAUUAUACCCUCUGCAAGGGUAUACAAAUGCUAGAAUACUGCUACUGCUAUGUAGCAUAGCAUAUAGCAGUAGCAGAACGCUUGAAAUCUCAUUCUAUUGCUACUGUUAAAAUACAAAUGAUUUGACUCUCGAAGCAUAGCUCGAUGUUUCCACUUUGGGAACACUCAAGUUCGACAAGAAAAAGACUUUUAAGGUGGAGAUUAACAAGAAGCAGCUGAUUCGGUCAUACAUUGGACUCAUUACAGAAAACAACUUACUAUUAAACAUACUCGAUUCUAAAAACAUUAGCAACAUUAUUUAACCCAUAUGCCAAGCCAACAAAUAGAAAAUCGGAUCUACUUUCACAUUUCUAGUAGGAUAAGUGGCUUGCAAUAAGUAUAAUUAAGUGUAACUCUGCUAUGAAUAUGUAUAUGUAAGUAUAACUCUUUGGUGUAAUUGUAUGGCAAUUAGUAUUUGAAUGCAACGGCUAGCUGUUUAAUAGUCGUUAGCAUCUAAAAGUAUCUUCCGUUGUAAAGUGGCCAACCUGGCAACUCUGCUAAAAUGUUAAGUAUCGAUAUUGAUCGCAGCCAAAUUUAGGUAAUCGAAUGUACAACCGACGCUGCUUAAACCAGGCAACUGCGAAUAAGGGGUGAAAGAGAACGGUCAGGUUUCAAUAAAGUCUUUUAAUUUGUAUAUCCGUUUAUACUACUAUAAACUUCAGAAGUGGUCCUGACGCAUAAAAUGGAUCUAAUUGAUGCUCAACAGUUUACGGUCGUCCAGCUCAAAAGGUUGUUGGUGGCAAUAACCUUGCCGAUAACCUUGCCGCUAGUUCGAAGGACAUCUGGAAGAUGACUUGGGGGAGCAUUUCUCUGCUGAGGAUGCCUACCCUAGGUCGGAGCUUAUUCCUGCAGCAGCUUCAAGGCCCAAGGGAGACGAGUGGGGUGCCGUGGCCGACGGAGUAUUGUCGCUACAAUAAAUACGUGCUGGAAUCGAAGCUGGGAAAAAGGAGCUCAAGAACAUUAUUUUGCAAGUAAGAGCCGCGUCGCAAGCAGUUGCCAAUGACGUCAUCAACAAGGCCGAAAACUGCAACCAAGCAGUGGGCAUCGAGGGAGUAAAGCAAGCGGUACAAGACGAAAUCUUUGAGGAAGCAGUUGAAAAAUACCAAGCACCGAUGCAAGUGCUGAUAUCGAUAGCGGCACCGAUAUCGAUGUAAGCAACAGUGUUGAGCAACGACGAGUGGCAGUGGUAAACAAAGGACUAGAAUCGCCAAAUAUGUCACUUUCAUUUGCCAAAGAAAUCAUUAUGGAUUAUGAUGGAUCUUCUUGUGCAAAAAUUUGGACCCAACAAGUACCCAACAUUGCUGAAAUGUACAACCUGGAUGCAGUGUGCAU